CAAAAUUAUAAAUUUGAGUGAAAAGUUUUGAAAUUUUAUGUAAAAAAUUAACACAAAAUAGAAUAUAGUGAUUUUACCCAAAGCUUCAGAAUGUUCUUCACUGUGCGUAACAUAUCGAAUCGUACCGCACACUUGGUGAACUAUGCCUACCUUCGGUGUCGACUGCUCAGCUCUAUAAACAAGGCCAAGGGCUUGCCCCGCCUCAUUAAGGCCAUACAGGGCAGCUCCAAGGAUCAGUUUAGCGAGAAUCAAAUGUAUUUGGUUAACGAGCAUCGGUAUGGCGAGGACAGCUGGUUUGUGAGCAGCACGCCGAAGGCUGAGUCAAUGGGCGUGGCAGAUGGUGUAGGCGGCUGGCGUAGACUGGGCAUCGAUUCGGGCGCCUUUGCCCAGGAGCUGAUGACCAAUUGCUGUGAAUUUACGGGAAAGCCGCAUUACGAUGGCUCCAAUCCGCGCCAGCUGCUCAUCGACAGUUUCGAUCAGAUGAAGAAAAUACCGGGCAGCGUCUGUGGCAGCAGCACCGCCUGCGUGGUGACGCUUCACCGACCUGACUGCACCCUACACUCGGCUAAUCUCGGAGACAGCGGCUUCAUGGUGUUGCGCCAUGGGAAGGUGCUGCACCGCUCCGAAGAGCAGUUGCACAGCUUCAAUACGCCGUACCAGCUAACAGUGGCGCCGGAUUCGGAAAUGAGUUGCAUCUUGUGCGAUUCGCCCCAGCAGGCGGUAACCUCCGAAAUUAACCUGCAACAUGGUGAUCUGGUGCUCCUGGCCACUGAUGGCCUCUUCGACAACGUGCCCGAGAGCAUGUUGAUUCACCAUCUGCGAACGCUGCACGGCGAGACGCGUAUGGAGCACCUGCAGCAAGCUGUCGACAAAUUGGUUGACCUGGCCAAAAGCCUAUCCCAGAGCAGUUCAUUUAAGUCGCCUUUCGCGAUCAAGGCCAAGGCUAACAAUGUCAACUAUGGCGAUGGUGGCAAGCCCGACGACAUAACGGUCAUCCUCGCCAGCGUCGACGUCCCUGACAUUGACGCACCCGUGUAAUACCUCUGAGCUAAUGUAAGAAUUCUAGUAUGUGAUUUUAGCCUUUUCACGUUUUUUUAGCAAUCGUAAUGACAAAU